CCCGGGAACCGACGCCGCCGGCUGCCUCCUCAUCCCGAAAGAUAAACGGUUCCAUUGUAUUAUCUAUCAUUGUUCCGACACUUAAUAAAAUAACGGACCAGUCAAACUGGCGAUACAAACGACCGGUGCCGACACUCAAUUACGAUGUACUACGAAGGCAGCGGCCCGGUCCACGAGGACGCUCUGCUGAACGACAGACUCUUGUACGACUACUCGCCGGCGGAGAGCCUCGUCUACUUCGACCUGCCGUCCAUCGAAUCUGAAAACCUGGACUGGCAACUCAGUGAUCUGGACUUACAUUGUGAUGCCUUCGUCAGUGAUAUUAGCGAUGUAAACAAAGACGAUUUUACCUUAACGGACAGUUCGCCAGGAUUCGACUUCUCGGAUUUAGAUAACAGUGUGAUAGAUGAGUACUUACUGGAAGCUUUUAGCAGCGAUCUGUCGAAUGAUACGCCACACUCCGGAUCAGAGACAGUGGAGUCCAGUGAUCAUAUUCAAAGAUCAUGUGUGCUGGAUACGCACGACUACACCGUGACGUCACGGAGGGAUUGGGACAAGAAAGGUUGCAUCGCCGAGGAUAUAGAAAGAGUGAAUAUGAAGGUGCGAUCGUGGGGCGAGCCAGAGUUCGUGACGGAGCUGGGUGCGUUCCGGUGUCCGGUGGAGGAGUGCGGAAAGUUGUAUGCUAAGGCUUCGCACGUGCGGGCUCACCUUCGCCGACACAGUGGGGAAAAGCCUUAUAGAUGUACGUGGGCAGAUUGCGAGUGGAGGUUCGCGCGGUCGGAUGAGCUGGCGCGCCACCGCCGGAGCCACUCGGGAGAUAAGCCGUAUGCAUGCCGGGAGUGCGGCAAGCGGUUCGCGCGCUCCGACCACCUCGCCAAGCACGGGCGAGUGCACGCGCGCCGGGCCGCCGCCGCCGCGCGCCGCGCCGCCGCGACUCACGCGCAACUUGCUCAUCGAUCAAGGCGCUUACUGUGA